GAUAAGUGGUUUGGUUGGUUGGUUAAGAUUGAUUGUCAAAUAAAUUAAUUUAUAAACUUAAACUGUUUAAGAUGGAUUUAGAUGUUAUCGCUAAUCAACCGAUUGUUAUCGACAAUGGGUCUGGUGUUAUCAAAGCUGGAUUCGCUGGUGAUCAAGUUCCAAAAUGUAUCUUUGCCAACAUGAUAGGUAAACCAAAACAUCUUCGGGUGAUGGCCGGGGCUCUUCAAUUGGAUAAUUUUAUUGGUAAAAAGGCUGAAGAGCAUCGUGGUUUAUUGACAAUCAAAUAUCCCAUGGAACAUGGUAUUGUCACUGAUUGGAAUGAGAUGGAAAAGAUUUGGAGCUAUAUUUAUGCAAAAGAGCAACUUCAGACAUUCCCAGAGGAACAUCCCGUGCUUCUCACUGAGGCUCCUUUAAAUCCAAGAAGGAACCGUGAAAGAGCUGCCGAAAUUUUCUUCGAAACAUUCAAUGUACCCGCUCUCUUUAUAUCAAUUCAAGCCGUCCUUAGUCUGUAUGCUACUGGUCGAACCACCGGUGUUGUUUUGGAUUCAGGCGAUGGUGUUACUCAUGCAGUGCCUAUCUAUGAAGGCUUCGCUCUACCUAUGUCUAUUGUUAGGUCUGAUAUUGCUGGUAGAGAUGUAACCAGAUAUUUGAAGCUUCUGUUAAGAAAGGAGGGUCUUAUUUUUAAUACCACCGCUGAGUUUGAAGUGGUUAAAAAUAUAAAGGAAAAAAUUUGCUACAUCACUAGCAACCCUCAAAGGGUACUUGAUGAUCUUUCUGCUACAAAUAAUGAGCUAGAGAAAACCUUGUACACUCUUCCUGAUGGAAAUCAUGUUGAGAUUGGAGCAGGUCCUAGGGUUAGAGCUCCUGAAAUUCUUUUUAGGCCUGAUAUUAUUGGUUGUGAAUUCGAAGGAGUUCAUGAUGUUUUGGCUUACAGUAUACAAAAAUCCGAUAUGGACCUACGUAAAGUUUUCUACCAAAACAUUGUUCUCAGUGGAGGAAGCACUUUAAUAAAAGGUUUUGGUGAUCGUUUACUAAACGAGCUUCGUAAGAUUACUCCGAAAGAAUUGAAAAUAAGAAUCAGUGCUUCUAGUGAACGAUUGUUUUCAACAUGGAUUGGAGGAUCUAUUCUGGCAAGUUUGGACACAUUCAAGCGUAUGUGGGUAUCAAGAAAAGAGUAUGACGAAGCGGGUCAUAGAGCAAUUCAUCGAAAAACUUUUUAGUUAUUGUUACAUAAAAUAAAGCUACAAACAACUUCAAGUCUUGUUUUUUACGCUUGUAAAACAUGAUUAAAUACAAUUCAUGGAUGUAAUUUAUUUCGCAUAAAGUUGGCCAAAAGAACUUUUAAAAUUAAAGUUGGAUUAUUGUCAUCAAUUACUUAAAGUUUCAACUCGUACAUUUGAUAUUUGGAGUUUUAUUAAUAUUAAGAUCCAGAUAUUAAACAUUCAAUCCCACA